UCCCACGUGUGACGAUUGCAUUCCCGGCUCAGUAAUAUUCUCUUAGCUGGGCUCCGUGUAGCGUUUGCUGUGACUGUGUGUAUUAGUUACUGGCUAUAGUUGGGUUAGCAAUGGAGGGAGAAGGGAGCCAAGCCACAUCUGGAAGCCCUAAUGAUUCACAACACGACCCGGGUAAAAUGUUUAUCGGUGGCCUCAGCUGGCAAACUUCACCAGACAGCCUUAGAGACUAUUUCAGUAAAUUCGGGGAAAUAAGAGAAUGUAUGGUGAUGAGAGAUCCCACAACAAAACGCUCCAGGGGAUUUGGGUUCGUUACGUUUGCGGAUGCUGGCAGUGUAGAUAAAGUCUUAGCCCAGCCGCACCACGAAUUAGACUCAAAAACGAUCGACCCUAAAGUUGCCUUCCCUAGACGUGCUCAACCCAAGAUGGUCACAAGAACGAAGAAAAUAUUUGUAGGAGGAUUAUCAGCGAACACAGUAGUUGAAGAUGUGAAGCAGUAUUUUGAACAAUUUGGCAAGGUAGAGGAUGCCAUGCUUAUGUUUGAUAAGACUACCAACAGACACAGAGGAUUCGGCUUUGUAACCUUUGAGAAUGAAGACGUGGUAGAGAAGGUCUGCGAGAUUCAUUUUCAUGAAAUCAAUAAUAAAAUGGUAGAGUGCAAGAAGGCCCAGCCCAAGGAGGUGAUGUUCCCCCCGGGGACGCGGGGGCGGGCCAGAGGACUGCCCUACACCAUGGAUGCCUUCAUGCUGGGCAUGGGCAUGCUGAGUUACCCAAACAUUGUAGCAACGUAUGGCAGGGGAUACACUGGCUUCGCCCCGAGCUACAGUUAUCAGUUCCCUGGGUUCCCGGCUACAGCGUACGGUCCAGUGGCGGCGGCGGCGGUGGCGGCGGCAGCGCGCGGCUCAGGUAGGGGCUCGCGCGGACGGGGCGGCUACACGGCAUACCCGCAGAACGCAGGGGCAGGGUACCCCGAUUACGGGUUCUAUUCCUCGCCCAGCGACCAGAGGGGCCCCGCGUUCUCCUUCGCGGACUACGGCUCCCUGGGGCCCCACCCCCCCCAGCUGCUGCACAGUGAGCAUGCUGCCACGUCCGCCUGCCACUCCCCCCUGCAGCAGACGCAGCCCCAGCCGCCGCCUCCUCAGCAGCACCUGCACAGCCCGGAGCAGUUUAAGAGCCCAGGAGGUAACCCAGCACGGCCUGGAGGCUUCCCCGGCGCCAACAGCCCAGGGCCCGUGGCCGACCUGUACGGCCCCGCCAGCCAGGACUCUGGCGUGGGGAACUACAUAAGCGCCGCUAGCCCCCAGCCCGCCUCUGGCUUUGGCCACAGCAUUGCCGGUCCCUUGAUUGCGACAGCUUUUACAAAUGGAUACCAUUGAAACCCUAACAGGUGGUUGGUUGCCAUCUCUUUUGAGCAGAGUUUGUCAGGAGGCCCGGGGAAGACAGGGCGGAGUUUCUAGUGGGUUCUGUGUACAGGUAAUUCAGUGAAGAAAAAAAAAAUGACAACCACCACAACAUCAAGCACUACAUGGCGACUCACGACAACGCAAGAAAAGACUGUGGAGAUGGCACCACCUGAAGAACAAAAGAAAUCUAAAUAUACGCGUGAGAAAAUUGUUAAAUCAUCUCAAGAAUGACAAAUGGUGAUGAUAGAAAAUCUGCUGUACUAUAUCUAAACCUGGCAUUGGAGUCCUUUGUUAUCCUUCUUUAUAUCCUUAUCUUAACAACAGUACUUUAGAAUUAUGGCAGUUUCCCUCUUUAUGUGUUUUCCUUUCAGAUUAGUUGAGUUGGUUGGUUUCCUUAUUGUCUUCUAUGAUAUAGUCUUUUAAAUAUUCAAUGUCAAAUUUAAUCUAAAGUUUUCAUUUGUUAGGGUUUAUUUUGAACAUUUAUAUGUAAACUGGCUCAUUUCUUCUUUUCAGUUUUUUUCUUUUCUUUUGAGGUUAGAGUUGGUGCAAUGGAUGUUUAUUUUCACUGUUAGUAUCAAUCCUCAACUGUCAAAUCUUCAGGUGUCAUUUUGCACAUGCAAGAGCUGAUUGACAUAGAAAGGGUUGAAAGAAGAGGAAAAUGUUUUUAAUCCAACCUUAAGAAAGUGAGUGUGUAACUAACUAAUAAAUCUUAGUAGCUCUGUUUUUGUUCCUUGUAACGUCUCGUUAACCAUAAUUACCUAUUUUGGGCAAUAAGAGGACUAUAAUAUUUUCACAGUCCUUUUUUUUAUAAGUGUCUCUUUUUGUUGUCAGGACAAAAAAGAAAGGCUUUUUGCUUUUAAUACUUUGUGAAUUCAGAUUUUAAAAAAGAAAUAUGUAAUAUGUAAAUAUUAUUCCAGUCACUACAUUUAACCAUUUGAGAAAGAAAUAUUUUUGUGAUGGUUUGUCUGUCCUGAAGGCUGUUACUGUGCGAGAGCUCGAAGAUAAAGUUAAAAGCAAAGACUUUAAAAGCUCUAAGCAGUACGAGAAAAAAAAUAAAACAUUUGUAGCACAAAUGCCGUUACUACCCCACUGAGGACAAGUUCCUAUCAAGAAAAAAAGUACUGUUGGCUUGCUCUGUAAAUACUUUUGGCAUUAUAACUGUGUUCGUGUCAUACCAGCAUAUUGACUAGAUAGUGAUUUCAAAUGUACACAGCUUAAAUAGAAUUGUAAUAAAACGUAAAGAAAGGGUUGUUCCACAGCACCUUCCUGAGAA